AUGUCUAAGAUCAUCACUGUCUUCGGUGCCACCGGCCAGCAGGGCGGAUCCGUCAUCCGCACCAUCCUCAACGACCCGGAGCUGUCCAAGCAAUUCAAGAUUCGCGGUAUCACUCGCGAUGCCAGCAAGCCAGAAGCCCAAGCUUUGGCUAAGCAGGGAGCGGACCUGAACUCUAAAGAAUCGAUCCGGAGUGCCCUCGAGGGUAGCCACUCUGUCUUCCUAGUCACCAUUCCCGCCUGGGGUGUUCCUGGCUCCGAUGCAGAAUUGGUUCACGGGAAGAAUGUCGCCGACGUGGCUAGGGAGUUGGAUGUUCAGCACUUGAUUUACUCGUCUCUGCUUAAUGUGACAAAGACAACAGCCGGACGUCUCAAGAAUGUCCAUCACUUCGAUCAUAAGGCCCAGGUGGAGCAGUAUAUUCGCUCGCUGGGAGUGCCGGCGACCUUUGUCUUGCCGGGCUAUUUCAUGACCAAUUACACUGCUGUUGGUCUGUUGCGGAAAGGCGAGAACGGGGUGUGGACUGUUGCGUAUCCUGUUGGGAAGGAGGCCAAGUUUCCGUUGAUUGAUAUUGCGGCUGAUAUGGGCAAAUAUGUCGCUGCAUCUUUGAAGAACCGGUCCGAGACACUCGGUGCUCAGAUCCUAGUGGCGGAAGACUACUAUACGCCUACUCGCAUCCUGGAGGAGUUUGAACAGGUGACAGGACAGAAAACGCAGUUCGUUCAGGUAGACUCCGAAACGUACAUGUCUUUCAUGCCUGGUCCGAUUGGCCAGGAAAUGCUGGAGAAUCAUCUCUUCAUUGGAAACCCGGGUUACUUCAAUGGUCGCAGUCUCAACGAGAGUAAGGAUUUAGUGGCUAAGGCCGGGUACAAGCUCACCAGCUGGAAGGAGUUCCUCCAGCAGAAUAAGGCUUCAUUUGCUUAG